AUGAUACAUGUUCGGUAUCAACCUAACGCACACAACGGUGCCACUCCGGCUCCAGAUUUUCUUGUCGAACAGCACCACUCGUUGAAUUCGAGCUACCGAAACUUGCAGCAUCAACAGUAUGGAAAUUUUUUAUUUGAAUAUCUUUCAGCCAACUACCAACACCAAAGAGGUUGGCUUAGUGGUAGCUCGGUCAAG